CAACCCCGGCCCUGAAAUACUUGCCGUUCAUUGCGAUUGCUUUCCUUUGAGAAAUCUGUUCUUCUCCGCCGAGCACUAUCACGCUGACGGUAAUGGAUCGAGUCGCGCCAUUUCUUCCCAAGAAAUCAUCAGAAACAUUCUCAAGCGACUUCCGAGAAGGUCCUUUAAAAUUGUAUUUACUCGAUCGCGGGAUGCAAGUCAUCAGAGUUGAGAACGCUUUUUCGAUCGAUUCCAUGUCGGGUCUUAGGGUCGUCGGUUCUAGCAAUGGCAUGCUGUGUAUCGAACGCACUAGUUUUAAUUAUGUUAACGCGUUUCUCUUAUGGAAUCCCGCUAUUAGAGAGAUCAAACAGGUUCCCAGAUAUGUUUUUGAUUUUGAAGAAUUUACAUCAGCACGUGCUUUGAAGUUACGAAACAUAUUAGAAUGGCUUUGAAGUUUCAUUUCCACCACGUGCUUUCUGGAUGGUGGCAUCACAUUGAAGUGGGAAUAAAUAUAUGGGAAGAAAACGAGAAGGUAUGUGAAAGGCAGCUUGUGCUUCUGUAGUUUGGCUAUUAUGCAUUGAAAAAUGGGAAUGAAGAGAAAAUUUUGAAAUUGCAGGCUUAAUGAUAUGUAUGUAUAUAGUUUUGUAUUAAGAUAUAGUAUUUUGUGAAGAAAGAUGAUGUGGUUCAAAGGGGUCCCGAUGACGUUGGAGAGAUUUUUUUUUUUUUAAUUUCAAGGUCUUUUCCAUAUUUCCAUCCGUUCUAAUCUCUUUCUUCUGUCCAAAGAUCAUUUGACUCUGAACCUUAUUUUUCGUGUCGCACACUGCAAUUUCCUUUUCGUCUUCUGCUGGGGAAGUUCCACAACAUUGCCCAUGACUUGUUAAUUCUGAAUUCUUCCAUUGAUCUUAUCACCAGGUCAUCGAUGGGAAGUUAGAUGAAGAGAAUGAAACUGAUUGGCCAUUGUAAUUAUUUAAUUUAUUUGAUUAUUUUUCUUGUGGCGAAAGUAGUAAUAAGCAUUUAUAAAAUAUAGGUUAAGUAUUCUUAUUUUAAUGUGAUAUAAUCUCAUGAUCCACUCUUAUUUGUUUAUUGGAGAUCUCCCUGUCAUGUUGGAAACGAUCGUUUGAGUUUGGCUAGCAAGUCGUUGGUUAGUUUCAAAGUCAUCAAUCUAGGCAGAGAGGUUGUGGUUUUUAUAUUCCCAGCAGAGCAGCACACAUUUCACGCAACGUCAAGGCAAUUUCCUUUGGUAGUUUCCAACGGGCAGAUGGAGGAAAGACACUGAGAAGUUUCUCCUUGUUUCGUUUUGCACGGUCUCUAUUUAAUUUGGGUCACCGUUUGAAUCUUUUUUGGUUUUUUUUUUUUAAGCAUCAAACAGAAGAUUUUCUUUUUUCCAUUCUAUACGGAAGCUUUUUUCCUUUUUUUUUUUUUACCUGGGGAAAUGACAUCCAAGGCCUUUCUUGAAAAAAAAUUAUGGUAAUAAGAGCCUAUUAAUUUUAUGGAUUGUUAUAUUUUUUUAAGUUUUUUUUAGAAAUUUAAUACGUUAAGUUCAACUUUUAACAAUAUAUAUAUGUUUUUUACAAGAUUAUAUUUGACGUAAAAGUGAUGAGUUUUUAUCCUGAUAAAUUCGGCCUUAAAUGCCAUUCUCCCUUUUCUUUUUUUUUUUUUUUUGUUUUUAGAAACUGAGAACAAGUCAGGUUUAAAACCGUCGUUUUAUUUGACCAACUUUUUAGAUUUUUCUGCAAAACAAGAGGGAAUCUUCCUGAACUGUUUCGGUUGAAAAAAAAUCAAUUAAUGUUAAUGCAAUUUCUUCCUGGAGAUUAAUAGCCGAAAUUAAUUUACUAUUUUUUAAGUUUUAAAAUAAAAUACGCCCCUUCAUAAUUUUCUGGGGAUUUCUCUGGAUUUGUUCCCGGGUGUCCAACGGUAAUGUCACUCACUUGGAAAUUUCCUAGAAAUUUCCUACAAGGAGAAAAGAAGAUGCAACUGCCUGUCGUCCAAUCCAUCCAGGCUCUCAUUUUAAAACAACAAAAGUAAUAGUCAUCGGCACACUGUAAAGUAGCGGGUCCCGAAAGAAAGUCCAUCCGCGGACAGGAAACAGACAGGCGAGGACCUGGAAAUUGCUUUUCAUCAUCGUGAUUCGUGUACGCCGGGGUUCUGCGAAGUGUCUUUCAGGCCUAUAUAAGGCAACGACCGACGAUGAACACAAGAUUAAGAAGAGACUCCAAACAUUCGGAUUAACGCUGAAAGAUUUCACGCCGUUGGAUCGCCCCAGGGAAGAAAUAGAAGAGCUGAUUCAGGGAAAGAAAGCAGGGAACAGGCACAGUUCAACUAUCAAGUGCUUUUCUUCUUUUAAUUCGAUGGUUGAACUUGAUGGGGUGAAGGAUGUGAAGGAGACUCUGAAGCAGGUAACACAAAUUCUCCAAGUGAUGAGCAAGAAAGAGAAUUCGGGGCACAAAAUUAAAUGCUUGCCUCCGCAAAACCCAGAACUCGUUGUUGGCAUGGACGAGCCCUUCUCGAGUCUGAAAAUGGAGCUCCUUAAGGAUGGCACAUCCGCCCUUGGAUUGACGGGUCUACCAGGAUCCGGAAAGACCACCUUGGCAACCAAGCUCUGUGCGGAUGAUCGAGUCAAAGGUAAAUUCAGAGACCAUAUCUUAUUUGUGACCGUCUCAAAAACACCCAACUUUAAGGUCAUUGUGGAGGCGCUACUUCAAAGCUGUGGAAGUCGGGUUCCUAAGGUUCAUAGCGACAAAGAAGCAGUUAAAGAGUUGCGGCUUCUGUUUAGUAAAAUGGCGGAAAGACCAAUAUUGUUGGUCUUGGAUGACGUUUGGUCUGGCUCAGAAUCCCUUGUUCAGAACUUCAAGUUCCAGAUUCCCGAUUAUAAGAUUUUGAUCACUUCAAGGGCUGCAAUUCCAACUGUUAAUCCUCAAAUCCGCUUGGGAUCACUUCGUGAUGAAGACGCAUUAACCCUUUUCCGUCACUUUGCUCUCGUAAAAGACAAUAGCUCAUUUAUUCCCGACGAAAAUCUUGUCCAAGAGGUAGUGAGAAGUUGUAAAGGUCUACCUUUGGCCAUUAAAAUAAUCGCUGAAUCACUGUGUCAGGAACCGUAUGACACGUGGCAAAAGAUGGUGAAGGAAUUAUCGCAAGGUCAUUCUAUUCUUGAUUCUAAUACAAGUUUGCUUAAGUUCCUCCAAGGAAGCUUGAAUGUUUUGGAAGAUGAGCCCAUCAUCAUGGAAUGCUUCAUGGACCUAGGGUUAUUUCCGGAAGACCAAAAAAUUCCCGUCACGGCUCUCAUUGAUAUGUGGGCAGAACUUUAUGGAUUUGAUGAUGACGGCAAAAUGGCAAUGACCAUAAUCAAUAAAUUAGUCUCCCUGAACCUGGCAAAUCUCCUUGUUACAAGGGAAGCUAAAAGUGAUUCAGACAAUUACAGCAACUACUUCAUCGUACAGCAUGGCCUUCUAAGAGAACUUGCAAUUCAUCAAAGCAACCAAGAACCAUUUGAACGGAGAAGAAGAUUGAUGAUUGACAUAAAUGAAAAUAAUCGGCAAUGGUGUCUGGAAGAGCAGCAGCAAAACAUUAUUUUCCGCCUGUUGUCAGCAUUCCUUGAAUGGUGCGCCAGACAAAAGCAACAACCUGCCAUUGCACGCAUAAUGUCUAUAUCAACUGAUGAAACAAUCGCUUCAGAUUGGGGCAGCUCGCAAUUAAUGGAAACUGAGGUUCUAUUAUUGAAUGAUGUUCAUACUAAGCAGCAUUCCUUGCCGAAGUUCACCGAGAAAAUGAUUAGCCUAAAGGUUCUGACAUGCACUAAUUAUGGUUUCCAUGCUUCUGAAUUGGAAAACUUUGAGAUACUGGGUUUUUUAUCUAACCUGAGAAGAAUUAGACUGGAGAAGGUUUCUGUUCCUCCCCUUGGCACAUUGAAGAGCCUGCAAAAGUUAUCCCUUUGUAUGUGUGAUACAAGUCAAGCUUUUGGAAGCUCUAAGAUUCCAAUUUCAGAUUCACUGCCAAUACUAGUAGAAUUGAACAUUGACUAUUGCAAAGAUAUGGUUGAACUGCCUUCUGGUCUUUGUGAUAUUAAAACCCUCAAGAAGCUAAGUAUUUCUAACUGCCAUAAGUUUUCUACUUUGCCACAAGAAAUUGGAAGGCUGGAGAAUUUGGAAGUGCUGAGGCUGAAUUCCUGUACUGAUUUAGGAGCUAUACCAGAUUCGAUUGGUGAGCUUUCCAAGUUAAGGGUUCUUGACAUCUCAAACUGCAUAAGCCUAAGAAAUUUACCAGAGGGCAUUGGUAGCUUACGAAGUAUAGAAAAGUUGUAUAUGACAGGUUGCUCAAGGUGUGAAUUGCCAGACUCAGUCUUGCAUCUUGAUCAUUUUGUAAGUGUAACAUGUGAUGAGGAGACGGCUGUUUCAUGGGAGGCUUUCAGACGAGCGCUUACCAAUCUAAGGAUCGAAGUGCCAGAUGAAGAUGUUAACUUAAAUUGGCUUCUUGGGUCGGCUCAAUAAAACAUGAUAGACAAUAAGCCAUGUUCGAUGCAUGUCAGACCCUUGGAACAAAACAUGCACUUCGGAUUCAAGUAAAUCGUGUACUACGUACGUUUGUUUGCUUUAUGUAUUUUUAGACUUGCUUUUUUAUGAUUAUUAUAAAUUUGAGAUAUUACGAACUUCA